UUACUCUCCAUUAAUUUCUCUUUCUUUCCAUUUCAAAAUGAGCAACAUUGAGACUAACCAAGAAAUUGAAGGCAAAUCUUCCAACAACAAGCAGGAAGCCAUGAAUCCUUUAAACUCUGAUGAAUUUAGAAGGCAAGCCCAUAUGAUUGUAGACUUCAUUGCCGAUUAUUAUCAGAACAUUGAGAAAUACCCUGUUCUAAGCCAAGUUGAACCUGGCUAUCUUCGAAAUUGCUUGCCUAACUCAGCCCCUUCUCAUCCUGAAAGUAUUGAAACUAUCCUCCAAGAUGUGGGAAAACAUAUAGUUCCAGGUAUUACACAUUGGCAGAGUCCUAAUUAUUUUGCAUACUUCCCUUCAAGUGGAAGCAUUGCAUCUUUUCUUGGAGAAAUGCUUAGCACUGGCUUCAAUGUCGUUGGAUUCAACUGGAUGUCGUCUCCAGCUGCAACUGAACUAGAAAGCAUUGUAAUGGACUGGCUUGGUCAAAUGCUUGAGCUUCCAAGCCGCUUUCUUUUCUCUGGAAAUGGUGGCGGCGUUAUUCAUGGCACUACCUGUGAAGCCAUUUUGUGCACUCUAAUUGCCGCCAGAGAUCAAACGCUAGGUCGUAUUGGAAAAAGCAACAUCACCAAGUUAGUUGUUUAUGGUUCUGAUCAAACACAUUCUGCAUUCCAAAAGGCAGCUAAGAUUGCUGGAAUUGACCCGCAGAAUUUUCGAGCUAUUAAGACAACUAAAUCGACAGCAUUCGCGUUGUCUCCUGAUUUGCUGAGGUUGUCUAUUCGAUCAGAUAUAGAAAAAGGUCUAAUCCCAUUGUUUCUCUGUGCAACCAUAGGCACAACUGCAACAACAGCUAUAGAUCCCAUAAGGCCAUUAUGCAACGUAGCGAAAGAAUAUAGCAUAUGGGUUCAUGUGGAUGCUGCUUAUGCUGGAAAUGCUUGUAUAUGCCCAGAAUUUCAACAUUUCCUUGAUGGAUUAGAGGAGGCAAACUCUUUUAGUCUAAAUGCACAUAAAUGGCUCUUCACAAAUCUCGAUUGUUGCUGCCUCUGGGUUAAGGAUCCAAGGGGUCUUACACAAUCCCUUUCAACAAAUCCUGAGUUCUUGAGGAACAAGGCUUCUGACUCAGCACAAGUCGUAGACUACAAAGAUUGGCAAAUAGCCCUAAGCAGAAGGUUUCGGUCAAUGAAACUCUGGCUUGUGCUGAGAAGCUAUGGUGUGAGUAACCUGAGAAAAUUCCUCAGACAACAUAUCGAAAUGGCAAAACUUUUUGAAGGACUUGUAAUGGAGGACAAGAGGUUUGAGAUAGUGGUGCCAAGAAAUUUUGCAAUGGUUUGCUUUAGGAUACUAGCAGAAGCAAUUGAAAUUGGAAAAAAUGGAGUUCAAAUAUUGCCUAAUCAUGAGACACUUGCAAAUGAGCUGAAUAGAAAAUUAUUGGAGUCAAUUAAUGCCUCAGGAUGCAUUUAUAUGAGUCAUGCGAUGGUUGAGGGAGUUUAUUUCAUUAGAUUUGCUGUUGGUGCCACUCUUACAGAAGAUCGCCAUGUUAUUAUGGCUUGGAAAGUUAUUAAAGAACAUGCAAAUGCCAUUUUAGGAAUCCCUUGAAGGUUCUGCUUCAUAUAUAUUUAUAUGGUACUGGUGACUGGGAAGUAGUAUUUUAAAAAGUUUAUAUUUUUGCAACUUUAUAAUGAAUUCAACAAUAAAAGUAAUUGA